AUGGAAUAUAGGGCAAAGAGAAGCUAUGUGUACAAUAAACAAGGUGGAGAAGAGGCAAGCAGCUCUGCUGUUGAUGUUUCCAUAAGGGAAGAAUCUGGCUGCUCGGCUAUAGGAGCUCCAAAAUCAUUAGAGCUUAGUAGAUCAGUGGUUGAAAUUUCUGGGAGCUCAGGAGUAGGUGGAAUAGCAGAGACCUCAACUUAUGCUAUUGGCAAAGUCAGAUCAGGGGUUAGAGCCACGAGGACAGCUGAAGCAGAAGGAUCUCUAGCUGCUAAAGCAGGAGCAGUUACAGGAGUGAAACUUAUAAAAAUGACUGAAGAGGAGGAAACACCUUGA